AUGAGUACUAGCAUUCAACACAUCGUGCACCCACGGGGUGACGAUCAGUCAUAUCUUUCCACUGGAGGCAAGAGUGGGAUGGCAAUCAGCAUUGCAUUCACCAGCUUAGCUACCAUCUUUGUUUCUGCCCGAGUCUACACGCGUGCCGGCAUAAUGAAGCGCAUGGAGUCGAACGAUUAUAUGGUUAUGAUCGCUCUGACAUUCUCCUAUGUCUUCAUGGCCUUUUAUAUUAUAGAAGCAUUGAAUGGAAUGGGUAUGCAUGGCGCUGAUAUCCCGCCACCCAUCCUCCUUAAGCAGAUGAAAGCAUUCUGGAUUACUAUUCCAUUCUAUAAUGCCGCGCUUUUAUGCGCCAAAGCCUCGAUCCUUCUGCAGUACUUCCGCGUCUUCCCUACCAGACGCAUGCGCCUCAUCACCUGGGUCAUGUUAGGCAUACUCGGCGUCUACGGAUCCUGGGCAGUUCUGAGUGGCUUUCUCAAUUGCAUCCCUGUGGCAAAAUUCUGGGACAAGAAACUUGAAGGGUACUGCCUGGAUGACAAAGGGCUGUGGUUCUCAAAUGCCUCGAUGCAUAUCACCACCGAUCUUGCUAUUCUGAUCAUCCCUAUCCCGGCUCUAGCGAAACUGGAUCUUCCCAAGAGACAGAAGAUUGCAUUGAUCACUGUUUUUGCACUAGGCGGAUUCGUAUGCAUCACCAGCAUCUGUCGUCUGGUCGCCCUUAAAAAGAUCGCCGAUUCCACAGAUCCAACCUUUGACAACGUCGGCGCCGCCUCCUGGUCCGCCAUCGAAUGCAACGUAGGAAUCAUCUGCGCCUGCCUCCCCACCCUGCGACCUCUCGUAUCCCGCAUUGUGCCCCAUCUCUUAUCGACCCUAAGCAGCCGUAACCGAAGCUACAGCCGGAGCUACGGUAACAGGCGAUUCUCGCACGGACGACCCCCGACAUACUGGGGCGGUGGAGCAGGGACAGGGACAGUCUCAACCACCAUCACGGCGAUGGAUGAUCUCGAAGUCGGGAGCCACUGCGCCGACUCAGAGAGGGCUCUAACACAUGUCCCUGGGGCGGACAUCACCAGCAAGGAGAAGUUCGUGCUCAAGGAAACGAAGAGUAUGGAAGAUGAUUCUGAAAAGGUGCAGACCGCAGUAGGAUCAGCCAUUUCACGAUGA